CUCGAGCCCAAAAUCAACAACGCGAUCUGCCUGUUACACCGAUAACGCGCGCUUGCUGCACCUGUUGGGAAUUUUUUUGCUGAUGCGGUUGGCCUGAGUCUUGCCGAUAAACAGAGACGUGCUUCCACCUUCGCCUUUGUUACUCGUAGCUUGCUUUGCCGCACCACCAACCUCGCUGCUUCAUCUACACAACGUUCAACAAUGGAGUCGCAAAACCAGUCUGCGCCAACCCACCCGUCACAUAACCGGCCGGCACCCGUCUACGAUCCCACACAAGGAGGACACUAUGGUGCCUGUGCUGCUCUUGCCUCGCAAGGCUUUGCACCGGCCGAGCUAUACACCGGCCCCUGGGCAAAUGUUCACCAAGGACUCACAGGACAGUACAAGGAUAUCCUAACAACCUACUGGCAGCAGACAAUCAGCCACUUGGAAAGCGACACUCACGAUUACAAGAUCCACCAGCUGCCCCUUGCGCGUAUCAAAAAGGUCAUGAAGGCCGACCCAGAGGUCAAGAUGAUUUCCGCCGAAGCACCGAUUCUAUUCGCCAAGGGCUGUGACAUCUUCAUUACGGAACUCACUAUGCGCGCAUGGAUCCAUGCAGAGGAGAACAAGCGCCGCACUCUGCAGCGGUCCGACAUUGCCUCGGCACUUGCUAAAUCCGACAUGUUUGAUUUCCUCAUCGACAUUGUCCCUAGAGAAGAAGCUACAGCACACGCCAAAAGAACCACCACCCAGCCCUCCGCCGCGCAGCCAGUCCCCGGUGGCGCCCAGGCACCAAUGGCCGGGCACCCAGGCAUGGCUCAGGCGCCUAGCCAUCCGUCUGCCCACCCAAUGGCCACCGCAGGUUACAUGGACGCGCAUGCGCUCGGCGCUGAGCAGGACUACAGACAGCCCCCCAACAUGUAUCCUGGCCAGGUUCCCCAGGGCCCUCCCGCUGCCGCCUAUGGACAGGCCCAGCCACAAACGGCUAUCUAUGGCGAAAUGGAGGGCAUGUAUCCAUACUCAACAAUGCAACCGCAACAGGCACCAAUGCAGUCUGAAGAAUUCGAAUAGGGCUCGCUUCAGUUUGAACCGGCAGUUGACGAAGAGCCACCAGCAUGGGAC